CGUGCCGGAUUCGAGCGGCAGGUCGGGGAGAUGGAGAAGCGGCAGGCACUCCUCGAUGCCACGCUGCAGACGACGCGGGCGGAGCGAGACGAUCUACUGAAGGAGGUCGCAGCGGCGAAGCAGUCGGUGGCGCUGCUGAAGCAGGACAAGGACUACCUCACGCGGCAGACGACGGAGCUGACGGAUCGCGGUCGCCGUGGCGACGAACGUCUGCAGCAGGCCCUCACGCAGCUAGAGGGCGCUAAGGUCGCCCGCGAGGAAGCGUACGAGAAGCUCGCCGACGCCAGGUACGCCGAGGGAGCGAGGCGGUCGCGGGGCGGACGACAGGAUCGCGGGAUUGCGCGACGCGUCUGUUUCAUGUUGAGACUAAUAUUAAGACCAAAUAUUGUUUCCUACAAUGGGCCCUAG